AAUCGUUUAUUAUUUGUGCGUUAAGCGCAGGGCGACAUUUGGCACCUGUUCAGCAAGUUUUCGAAAAGCGUUUAAAAAAUCAUUUUACGCAAUUUAUGCAAACGACUCGGAGAUAGAGAGAGUGCGAGCGGGAUAGAGCGAGACGGUGCCACAAGGUUUAUCCAAGCAGCAACUUGACCUAAUUCUGUAAAAAUCCACUCAAGUUGAAAGCCACUCCAGUAACUUAUGCUGUCUCAACAAGCCAAGCAAACGAAGCAAAGGAAAAGCCAAACAGAAAGUAUAACAAACAGCAGCGCGACAAUCAGAGCAUAGAAAGGCGGUUUCAAGCAAUAGCCCAACGGAUUCAACCUACCAGCUAUCUUUACAUUUUUAAAGCUAUAAAAUACACAACAAAAUAAUAGAAGAAUACAAGAAAAUAAAUCUUAAAGUACAGCAGCACAAGCGACAAAUAGCAACAGCAACAAUAGCAACAACAGCAACAAUCAGUAGCAAACGCCGUGAGCACUAAACAUUUAUUAGGCACACCGCAAAUAUCGCUUUAUUAAGCAUACGCUACGUUAGCCAGCAGAAGCAGCAGACUGACGAAGCUGACGGACAGUCGAGCGCACAUUAAAUUAGUAAUCAAGCUUGACAAAAGCAACGACGAGGGGUACAGCGAACAGUUCACGCCAUAAGCUGAGGCAGAGCCGACGUCUGGAUUGUGUGGACCUCAACAGAAACUAAUAAGACGACUUUACUUUUAUUGAAAUUAUGAUUAAUGACACGAAUAUUGGACGACGGCGAAUGAGGAAUCAGCGCGCCUUAAGCAUUGCAGCGAAUUAAGGGCAAAGCCCAUGACAAUGAUAAUGCUGAUGAUGAUGUUGGUGAUGAAAAUAAUGAUGAUAUUGCGACCAAGACGCGAUUUCAACACCGAUGGUCAUCGGCCCAUGUAAGCCAGCACCAUGGAAAUGAUGGAGGAAAUAAUAAACAUUGUAACGAUGAUGAAAUUAAACACUGGCAGGUCAGUGGGUGUCAAAGCUGUCGCCGCUGUUGAUUGCCGGUGUGGAAGCAACAUCAAUUGAAAAUACGUUUGCCAUUCGACACGGUCUACAGCAAAUUAAAUUGCAAAUUAAAGAAAAGUGAAUAUAGAAAAACAAGUGUAAGGAAUUUGUGAAGGCAUUACAAAUUAGUAAUUUGAUGGCUUCGUUCGGGCAGCAUGGCGCAGCAGCCGCAGCCCGUAGACGACGCCAUCAGCAACAGGAGCCAUCAAUAAAACACAACAGCAGCAGCAGCAGCAGCAGCAGGAGAAGCAGCAACAACUACAACAAACUGAUCUCGACGGCAACACUGACGCUCCUAAUACUCUGCCUGAGCAGUUGCAUAGCAGCAAAGACCACGACAACAAUAACCACCACAACAACGACAACGACAACCACAACAACAACAACGGAACAGCCAGCAACCAGCGAGGAUUUCAAUAGCAGCAGCGCCUUUUUGGGCGCCAUUGCUGCUGCUGCUGCUGCUGUUGGGGGUGGUGGUGGUGGAGUCGGUGGUAUUAUUGGUGGUGGCUCAGUUAAUAGUAGUCCCAUUGCAAUUGUAAGCAUUCAGGGGUUUACGAGCAGCACACCAAAUGGCAGCAGCAGCAGCACCCUCAUCUCCAUGUCUGAUUCCCCACUGCAGCUCGAGGAGCUUGCCGUCGGCGAGGAGGAAUUUGAGUUGCCACCGCUGCAAUCGGUAAUUGUGAGCAUUAUCCUACUGAUUGUCAUUUUGGGAACUGUGGUGGGCAAUGUUCUUGUGUGCAUUGCCGUCUGCAUGGUGCGCAAAUUGCGAAGACCUUGUAAUUAUCUGCUGGUAUCGCUGGCAUUAUCCGAUCUCUGUGUGGCGCUGCUCGUGAUGCCGAUGGCCCUGCUCUAUGAGGUAUUAGAGCGCUGGAAUUUUGGCACACUGCUCUGCGACAUUUGGGUGUCAUUCGAUGUGCUCUGCUGCACUGCCUCUAUACUGAAUCUGUGCGCCAUCUCAGUGGAUCGCUAUUUGGCCAUCACCAAACCCCUGGAGUAUGGAGUGAAGCGUACCCCGCGACGAAUGAUGCUUUGUGUGGGCGUUGUUUGGUUGGCAGCCGCCUGCAUCUCGUUGCCGCCACUGCUAAUCCUGGGCAAUGAGCACGAGGAUGAGGAUGGACAGCCCAUAUGCACAGUGUGUCAGAACUUUGCAUACCAAAUCUAUGCCACACUUGGGUCCUUCUACAUCCCAUUGUCCGUGAUGCUGUUCGUCUAUUAUCAAAUCUUCAAAGCGGCCCGUCGCAUUGUCCUCGAGGAGAAGCGUGCCCAGACGCAUCUGCAGCAGGCAAUGAACGGUGGCGCCGGCUCACCACAGACAGCCACAGCACCGGCGCUCGGCCACACGGAACUGGGCAGCGGUAAUGGCGCCGGGCAUGGACAUCGUCACAGCAGUGUCGGCAACACCUCCUUGACCUACUCCACCUGCGGCGGAUUGAGCACCAGCGGUGGUGGUUGCGGUGGCGGCGUUAGCUUACCGCACGGUCAUCAUGGGAGCGGUGGUGGAGUGAGUGGCUCGACGGGUCUGCUUGGGUCACCACAUCACAAGAAGCUGCGCUUUCAGCUGGCCAAAGAGAAGAAGGCGUCCACAACGCUGGGCAUCAUUAUGUCCGCAUUUACCAUUUGCUGGCUGCCGUUCUUCAUUCUGGCAUUGAUUCGACCCUUCGAGACGAUGCAUGUGCCGCCAUCGUUAUCCUCGCUCUUCCUCUGGCUGGGCUAUGCUAAUUCGCUGCUGAAUCCGAUCAUUUACGCAACGUUAAAUCGUGAUUUUCGCAAGCCCUUCCAGGAGAUACUCUAUUUCCGUUGCUCCAGCCUCAAUACUAUGAUGCGAGAGAACUACUAUCAGGAUCAGUAUGGUGAGCCGCCGUCGCAGCGUGUCAUGUUGGGCGAUGAGCGACAUGGUGCUCGGGAGAGCUUCCUAUGAAGUCAAGGGUGCAACGGAUUCUUGGCUCCUUGAAAUUCUAUAUGUGUUAUUAAAAGAAAAAACUAAUUAGUCUCCGCUGCUUGGCAAACAUAUGGUCUAUAGAAAGCCCAACACACACACACAGAUCUACAAUAUACAUAUAUAUAUAUAUAUGUAUACUAUGUACGAGCACAUGUAACUGUUUACCUAUGAGUAUUUUUUGUAUGUAGUAGUGUUGCAUACCGCAAACUCAUAAGUACAUUACAAUCUACGAUAAAUGAUUAACCAUAAAUGAUAACGAUAAUGAUGUAGAUGACAACUCUUUAACUGUAACUGAACGUUGUAAUUUUUAAAUGUAACGCUAAGCAAUGAAGUGGGCUAAAAGCUACAACCACACACACUCACACACACACUCACACACACACACACACACCCACAUACUACAACCAAAACACACAUACACAGAGAAAUACGGUUGUACAACUGUAAACCCAAAUCAGGUUUUAAUGAACGGUUCCUUUUUUCAAUAACCUUGCAGAAGGUACUAACAAUUUUAAAAUGACAUCUCUGUCAUGUUAUAUAUCUAUAUAUUCAAUGUCCGAUAGAAAAGAUAUUUAAAUGUGAACUUGUAACUCAUUAUUGAAGAUAUUUUGAACACACUUAUAAAUUACAGGUCCCUUUAUAAAUAAUUUAUU